GUUUUCCCUCUCUCUCUCUCUCUCUCUCUCUCUCUCUCCUCUUUUUCCCUCUCUUAAGUUUCUGAAAUGUUUUUGUUACAUCUCUCUCUUUAUUAAUCAUUAUCUCUGUUCACGCAAAUAGAUCCUCCUUGUUUUCCUUCGAAACCCAUCGCUUCCCUCAUAAAAAGCCCAUUUUCUAACUUCCUCUGCAACUCCUCGAAAGCAUAUGUAUCUGAUCAAAACAUUCAAAAUUCGAAGGGAAACCUCUGCAUUUAAUGGUUUUUUAGACUUUAAAUUUUUUUAUUUUUGGGCCAUUUUUUGAAGGAUAAAAGAUGUCCGAUGCCCUAAUCAAUGGCUUGGCUGGUGCUGGAGGUGGAAUCAUCGCUCAGUUGAUCACUUAUCCUCUGCAAACUGUUAAUACUAGGCAACAAACUGAACGUGAUCCAAAGAAGGUCUCAGGAGAUGAAUCAUCGAGUGCCUCGACGGGAAACCCUGGAGCUAUUGCACAAAUGCACAAGGUGGUUAAGCAUGAAGGGUGGGGACGUUUGUAUAGUGGGCUUGGGCCCUCUUUAGUUGGGACAGCGGCAUCACAGGGUGUUUAUUAUUAUUUCUAUCAAAUUUUCAGAAGCAGGGCAGAAGCUGCUGCACUUGAACAUUGGAAGAAAGGCACUGGUGAUGGAACAGUGGGGAUGUUUUCAUCACUUGUUGUAGCAGCUUUAUCCGGGUGUGUGAAUGUUUUGUUGACAAACCCAAUAUGGGUUGUGGUUACACGUAUGCAGACACAUACUAAAGGACCGAAGAAAAUUGAUGUUGGUCAAGUUAAAUCUAGUGCUUCAGGUACACUAGGGAUUGCUGCAAUUGAGCCCCUUCCUUUUGGCACUAGUCAUGCGGUGCAAGAAGUGUAUGGUGAAGCUGGGGUGUGGGGGUUUUGGAAGGGCGUGGUUCCGACACUCAUUAUGGUUAGCAAUCCUUCAAUUCAGUUCAUGCUGUACGAAACCUUGUUAAAGCAAUUGAAGAAAAAACGUGCUUUGAACAAGGACAAUGAUGGAGUGAGCGCUUUGGAGAUUUUCCUCCUUGGAGCUAUUGCGAAACUUGGAGCAACAGUUUUAACAUAUCCUCUUCUUGUCGUGAAGUCAAGGCUCCAAGCAAAACAAGUGAAGGGUGGCGACAAGAUGCAGAAUUAUGCAGGUACUUUUGAUGCAAUUGUAAAAAUGAUACACUGCGAAGGAGUUGCUGGUUUUUACAAAGGGAUGAGCACAAAGAUUGUGCAGAGCGUGCUUGCUGCUGCUGUGUUGUUUAUGGUGAAAGAAGAGCUCGUUAAUACGGUUCGCUUACUGGUCACAAGAGACCUUGGUUGGGUCAGUAAGGUGAAGUCAAGGCCACCAUGAUUUGUUUAUUGAUGUCUAUUGAUCUCAACUGUAUAAUUUUUAUUGCUCAAGUAUUAUGUGGGUUGAAAAUAAAGGAAUGAAUUGGAAUAAGAUUCAUCUAUGGUGCCAGUUUAAGAUGGAACUUUUACUCUCUUUCUCACGCGAUUCAUCUAUGGGAGCCAGUUUAAGA